AUGCCCAACGAGGUGCGGCCAACCAGGCCCAGUCCCUAUUGGCGUCAUGCGAGUCCCGCGAGGAGGACAACAACUUUAAAGUCGGACUUUACACCGGAGCAAGCCAGUAACGGAAUCGGACAGCACCUGUUGCGAACCCUGGUUCAGAGUUUGCCUUCUGGCGCGGAACCCACGCGAUCGCGGUCUUCCUGUCCACCCACAAGUCGACGUCGCCGCCAAGUCAGUGGCUGCAGGUCCAUGGGGACUCCGGAAUCAUUGUCUUCACCGGGUAGGAUCAAGGCACCGGUUCGAUUGCAGGCGGGAAUGCCGGUUCAACAAGUCAAAAGUUCAAAGGUCAUUGGGUUGGGAAGAAAUGCACAGCACUCUAUGGUAGCCUCUCUUAAACGUCGCAGUGAGUCGCCGACAGCCAAGGCAAAGGCCAGAGAAGAGGAGUUCGACAGGUUACCUGAGAUGAUAACUGGAACGGCCACUGCCAAAGCCCGCGAAGAGGAGUUCGAAAAGAUACCAUCCAAGAUAUCUAGUAUGAACCAGGAAGUCAAGGAAGCUGAAGACGAAAGCCAAAAGAAUUCAGAACCAGAAAUUCAGGAGAAUCCAGAACAGGAGGCCCUGGAGAACUUGGAACCAGAGGCCCCGAAGAACUCAAAGCCGAAUAAGCAACAGAAGCCAGUGAGUGUGGUCAACUCCAAGAUUAUUCCCUGCUUUCGAGGGGAAUAUCCCACUCGGCAUCGACCUGGCUCAUAUCAGUGGUUCAAGGCCGCAGUUCCCAAUUGCGGAAAUAUCGUAACCAUCUGCGAUGAGGAACAGCAAGUUAUGGGUGAGGCGGAAAUCGUCACCGCCUGCGAAGUUACCGAGGCCCACUUUCUCAGCAUCGACAAUGUGCCUUCGGUUCCAAGGUGCAAUAAGUGUAAUGGUUAUUCGCAGCAGAAUCAGAAUGGGAAUUGGUUUGGAUCUACUUUCGGGCAGCAAUCUUCUGGCUUUCAGCAGACACAGCCUUGCUUUCAGCAGCAACAACCAUGCUUUCAACAACAACAACCCUGCUUUCAACAACAACCAUCUUGCUUUCAACAACAACAGAGAAAUUGUGGUCGCAAUUCACUCUGUUCCAAAGCAACGGCAAAACCCAGAAGUUGUCUCAAGUGUCAGGAUCAGAAUCAAUCCAGAAGUUCGGUUGUUUAUAGUCAAAAACAGCCAACGCAGCAGACAAUUAUUCCACAAAUGCAUCAAUCCAUUCAGCAAAUGGCUCCAAGUGAACAGAUACAAUCACCAAUGCAACAUCAACCAGUGCAACAGGAGCCCAUCGAGGAGACCAACUAUUGCCUGACCGAAAUGCUGGCCGAGGAGCUGAAGAAGCAGAUGCUGGCGGCACAGGCGCAGAUUGCCCAGGUGCAGCUCCAGCUGAAUAGUGCCUGUGGGGCCACAAGAGUGCGGCAGAUGCACGUGCUAACCCAAAAUGCCAACGAGGCCCCACAUUGGGCGCCAGAAACUCAGUUCUUAGGUUCCUUAGAAGAUAUACAGGGUGAUGCUCCACUAGAAGAGGUAAGGGAAAACGGUGAAGAAGAUGAAGGGUUUUCCAUGCAGUUGGACCAGCAAUCAUUGCCCUCGCAUUUUAACUGUUCAACCUUGGGAUCCAUUGAGUCGAAUAAGAUGUGGCCCGGAAUAUCGGCUCCUCAGCCAUCCCAGCAGGCCGUGCAGCUUGGCAUGUAUCCCGUGCCAGUAAGGAUGUCAAAUCAAGGAACUUACAUCCAGUCCGAUCCCCAGACAUUUCCUUGUCAGCAGCAACAACAGCAAAUGAUUCCUUGUCAGCAGCAACAGCAGCAAAUGGUUACCUGUCAGCAGAUUCAACAAAUGCCCCCUUGUCAGCAGCAAUAUAGAGCACCUCCCUUUCCACCACAAAAACCACCUCCUUGUCAGCAGAAACAACAGCGAUUAUCCUGCCAACAACAACAGCAAACCAUGAGAUCUGGUCAACCGUCGCAAUCUAAUAAGUGUUCUCAUGCCCCACAAUUUUGUCCCAGUUGUUGUUGCCAGCGAUAUGCCCAAAUGCGAUUCAUGAUGCCGCGAUGUUGGCCCCGCUAA